AUGAGGCAGCGUGGUGAUCAAUGUUUGAUUAAAUUAUUGAACAAUAUCAGAGUGGGAAACUUAGAAAAGCAACACGAAGAUUUACUAAAUUCAAAAUUUAUUUUUCAAAAUAACCCAAACUACCCCAAAGAUGCGAUUCAUAUCUUUGCUGAAAACCAACCCGCCUCUGAACACAACAAAAAAAUGCUGAACAGUACAGCAUCGGAUGAAAUAAAUAUCGAGGACAUUGACAAAAUUACAGAAAAUAUUCCUGUGUCAAUGGUGCAAAAAAUCCAUAGCCGCACUCAAAUUGAGACAAGUGGACUAGCUCAAAACCUCCUUUUAAAACUUAACGCGAGAUUGAUGUUGACAUUAAAUAUCGACAUAUCAGGAAAAGUAACAAAAAUAUAUUUGAGAGUGGAAGACAAAAGUACAGGAGUUAAAGCUAUGAGAACAGAUCCCUAUGCUCUGCAAGAAAAUGUUACUCCAGUAAGCAGGAUAGAAAAGGAAAUCAAAUUUAAUAAACAGAAUCUAACUUCACCUACUAUAAAACGAAUGCAGUUCCCACUAAUGCUGUCAUGGGCCUGUACUGUUCACAAGAUUCAAGGAAAAACGUUUUGCAAAAUUGUUGUUUGUUUUGAUUUAAUAAAGCAACGAGCCUUUCACUCAGGACAAAUCUAUGUUGCAUUAAGUCUAGUCACAAGCUUAGAGGGUUUAUACCUAAGGGGGACAUUUUCCAGAUCAGCUAUUAAAUCAGACACACUAGCAACCGAGCAAUACAAUUACAUACGAGAAUACUCAAAAUUGACAUCAAAAGAUGCUGGCGUGCAAUAUUUUUUAACUGACGAAGAAAACAUUGCAACCUCUCCAAUUCAUACAUCUGGUUCACUUAUUGACCACAUCUAUGUCCAUGCGAAUGUUCUCAACACUUUUAAAGUCGAUACAUUCGUCAAAAAUGUAAAUUUCAUGUAUGAGUUGAAGGGCCUAACAUCGCAGAUUUGUAUUCAAACUAUCGAAAAGUUUGUCCAGUUUUAA